ACCCGCCAGGACCACAGUCUCUUCGGUAUCCUUGAAUUCAUCAGUGUGGCAGUGGGACUGGUCAGUAUUAGAGGCGUGGACAGUGGCCUUUACCUUGGAAUGAAUGAGAAAGGAGAACUCUAUGGCUCUGAGAAACUAACUUCUGAAUGCAUCUUCAGGGAACAGUUUGAGGAAAACUGGUACAACACUUACUCAUCCAAUGUGUACAAACAUGAAGAUUCAGGGCGGCGAUACUUUGUAGCACUUAACAAAGAUGGUACUCCCAGAGAUGGGACAAGGUCCAAAAGACACCAGAAAUUCACACAUUUCUUGCCCCGGCCUGUGGAUCCUGAAAGAGUUCCAGAACUGUAUAAAGAUGUGUUAGGAUACAGCUGAAGAAGGAAGCAGCUUUGGAAAAGACCCAAACUGGAGCUGCUGCCCCUGCUUUCCUGGCAAUGCAAGCAUGAGGAACCUGCAGAGGUCUAGGAUGUUGGAUGCAAAGAAGCUACUUUGUGAAGGCAAGCCUGUGUUCUCUAACCUUUGGAUUUAGGAGACAAAACCUUAAAGCUGAGAGUGGACCAACCUCCUUGAAACUUGUGAUUUGUUUGGUAGCCAGUAACCAGAGGGAAGUGUGACUUUUUUAAAAAUAACAAACUCUUGGAAAUUUUGUCUGGAUUAUCUGUGGUCUGUAGAUUAGCAAAGAACUGCCUACAUCCUAUGA